CCCAGAGUGUGUCAGUUCUGUACGCCGGCACUGUGUGUGUCUGUGGGGCUGACUGAGUCUCUGUCUGCGCCAUGGAGAGGAAGCGCACAGACUGUCCGUGUCUGCCGCCAGGCUGGAAAAAGGAGGAGGUGAUCCGGAAAUCGGGGCUGAGUGCCGGCAAGAGCGAUGUUUAUUAUUACAGCCCAAGUGGUAAGAAGUUCAGGAGUAAGCCUCAGCUGGCUCGCUAUCUCGGAAACAGUAUCGAUCUCAAUAGCUUUGACUUUCGAACCGGGACAAUGAUGCCUAACAAAUUACAGAGGAAUAAACAGCGUCUUCGGAACGAAGCCAUAAAUCAAGCAAAGGGCAAACUAGAUUUGAACACAGCCCUGCCAAUAAGACAAACGGCAUCUAUUUUCAAGCAACCAGUAACAAAAGUUACAGAUCACCCUAACAACAAAGUAAAGUCAGAGCUGCAGAGAGUAACGGAACAACCACAACAACUGUUUUGGGAGAAACGACUGCAGGGUUUGAGUGCCUGUGACAUAGCCGAGCAAAUCAUUAAGUCCAUGGAACUUCCCAAAGGAUUGCAAGGUAUUGGCCCUGGCCAUACAAAUGAGGCGCUAUUGUCAGCAAUAGCAAGUGCUUUGCAUACCAGUUCUGGACCCAUUACAGGACAAGUGUCUGCAGCUGUAGAAAAGAACCCAGCGGUUUGGCUUAACACUUACCAACCACUCUGCAGAGCGUUUGUUGUCACAGAUAAGGAUAUCAGGAAACAGGAGGAACGAGUACAGCAAGUACGGAAAAAACUGGAAGAAGCUCUAAUGGCAGAUGAAUUAGCACGAGCGGAGGAAGUAACAGAAGAAAGACAUGUGGACCGAGAGCAAUAUGAUACACAGGGGUAAUUGUAUUCAGUUUUGCACUUGAUAAUCUCAGACGCAUGAAAUUGAAGACUACAUCCAAAGACGUUGCAGCAAAAGAAAUCAGUUCAGCUUGAUCAAAGACUUCGAUGUCAGUGCUGAAAAAGGAUCAGUGCAUUACAAGAUCUUUGUUCAGAUUUUUAAAUUGGGGCGGGAAGGUUCAGAGGAGCAGCAAGACCAACGUAACCACUUAAUUGUUGAUUUCACUGUAAUGUGUUGUGCACAAACUCAGCCUGUACCAUAAUCUGCCAUCAUGUUGGAGAGGGUAAAAUAUUCUCUUUUAUUGUAAAGGGCUGUGAUCAGUCAGUGCUUUUAUAGAGUUGUAAAAUUUUUCCAGAAAAUUUCAGGGUUGUAUAACAACUCAGUGGCUCAAUAGCACCCUCAGGCGACUGUUGGUGUGGAGUUUGCACAUUCUUCCUGUGUCCGCGUGCAUUUCCUCCAACAGUCCAAAGAUGUGCAGGUUAGGUGGAUUGGCCAUACUGAAUUGCCCAUAAUGCCCAGGGAUGUAUGGGCUAGUUGGAUUAGCCAUUGGGAGGUGCAGGGUUGUAAGGAUAGGAUGGGAUGCUUGUUGGAGCGUCAGUGUGGACUUGUUGGGCCAAAUGGCCUGUUUCCACACUGUAGGGAUUCUAUGAUUCUAAACCUUGGAAUCUUCCUUGUAAUAUAUUGCUCACCUUUGGAAUGAAGUAAAAGUAGUGCUUCUUCAGUUCAUAAACACAACCUGUUUCUAAGUUGCAUUCACUUUCUGUUCCCCUGCUCCCCUCCUUCAUACCCUAGUCUUCCUCCUCAUCCUUCCUGUCCUCCUCCCUCACUUUGUUCACCUGCUGUCUUCCUCCCUUAGCUCUUACGCUUCCUCUCUCCACUCAUUCUAUUUCUUUCUUCUUCUUUUGCUUUAAUCUCCCUCCUUCCCUUCCGUGCCCCUCCCUACCCCUCCCUACCUCUCUUUACCUUCAACUUAACACAUUCCUCCUCCCCACCACCCUCCCAAUGAGAUUAGUUGGGUCGGCAAGGAGAAGAUCAGAAUACAAUAUUGUUCUAAAUGUACUGGUGAGAAGCAAAACUUGCAGCAACUAUUCAGCUGGCCAUAGCAUGGGUCAGAAAUACAAUACACUUCAUUAAAGGCAGCAAGGGAAUCCAGAGUGAAGUUACAAUGUUAUAAGGCUGAGUUUAGUUCAACAACACUUUAAAAGCACCAGAUUUUGUUUAGGUAUUGAAAUAUAUGUUAAAUAUAUUUUUAAAAAUCUUUUUCUUCAGUUAUUAAUAUCUUUAUAAAAACAAUCACAUUCUGUGGCAUUGUGCAAUGCAAUAUUCUCGACUGGACUUAGAAAGAAAUUUUUGUGCGAUACAUAAAUGAUUGCCUGUUUAUCAUGUGGCCUGGGAUUCAGUAAUCUACAGCUUUAUUACUGUGUAAAGCGAAAAGGAUAUAUAUUUAAAUAGAUUUUUAUAAUUAUUUACUGAAAGCACUUGUACAAUC